AUGUUGAGCAGACUCAGUUCACGGAACGUCUUGUUGGCUCGCAAUGUUGCCACCGCUGCCACCCAAGAACGACAGAAAAUCAAGGUCAAGAAUCCAGUGGUGGAUUUGGAUGGAGAUGAGAUGACAAGAAUUAUCUGGAAGGAAAUUAAGGACAAGCUCAUUUUCCCAUAUUUGGAUCUCGAUAUCAAGUAUUACGACCUUGGACUCGAAUACAGAGAUGAUACUAAUGAUCAGGUCACUGUAGACGCCGCCCAUGCGAUCCUCGAGUACAGCGUCGGUAUCAAAUGCGCCACCAUCACACCAGACGAGGCUCGAGUCAAAGAAUUCAAACUCAAAAAGAUGUGGCUCUCACCAAACGGAACCAUCAGAAACAUUCUCGGUGGAACUGUGUUCCGUGAGCCGAUUCUCUGCAAAAACAUUCCACGGUUGGUGCCAGGAUGGACUGAGCCCAUCACAAUUGGUCGUCAUGCGUUUGGUGACCAGUACAAAUGCACGGAUCUGGUGAUUCCAGAGGGAUCGACGUUGGAAUUGGUUGUGAAUAAUGCUGAUGGGUCGAAGGAUAUUCACAAGGUGUUUGACUUUAAGAACUCAGGAGGAGUUGGAUUGGCUAUGUAUAAUACUGAUGAGAGCAUCAAAGGAUUUGCUCACUCAUGCUUCCAAUACUCACUUAUGAAGAAAUGGCCACUGUAUCUCUCCACAAAGAACACAAUUCUGAAAAAGUAUGAUGGUCGAUUCAAGGAUAUUUUCCAAGAUAUCUAUGAAAGAAAAUAUGAGGCCGAGUUCAAGAACAACAAGAUCUGGUAUGAGCAUCGUUUGAUUGAUGACCAAGUUGCGCAGGCUCUCAAGAGUUCCGGAGGAUUUGUAUGGGCAUGCAAGAACUACGACGGAGAUGUGCAAAGUGAUAUUGUUGCCCAAGGUUACGGAUCCCUUGGACUCAUGUCUUCGGUGCUUAUGUGUCCAGAUGGAAAGACAAUGGAAGCAGAAGCAGCGCAUGGAACAGUUACUCGUCAUUAUCGUGAGCAUCAGAAGGGAAACUCCACAUCGACCAACCCAAUUGCUUCAAUCUUUGCCUGGACCAGAGGACUUCAUCACAGAGGUGUUUUGGAUGAGAAUGAAGCUUUGAAGACGUUCUCGCUGACAUUGGAAAAGGCAUGCAUUGACACCGUCGAGGAGGGAAAAAUGACCAAAGACCUGUCAAUCUGCAUCCACGGAACCAAGAAGGGAACCGAAAAGGGCGCCUAUCUCAUCACCGAAGACUUUCUAGCCGCCAUCGACACCAAAAUGGCCGAGCUGAUGAAGAAGAAAUAA